UGUUCUGCAAGUUGUACUUUAGGAUAUGUAAAUAUAAGAGAAGUGUGCGAAGUCUCCGAGUGUCAGCCGUGUCCAUUAGAAAGUGCACUUCCAAAGAAAACGAUAGCAGAGUGCGCGGUGAAGAGCGGCGGAGCGGUGGUGGAGCACCAUCAGUCUUCGUACUGGGAGCAACCCUUUAGCCAGCCGUACUUCGACAACACGACGAAGAGGGAGACCACGACGACCGUCGGUCAGACUGUUUACCUGCACUGCAGGGUGCGCAAUCUCGGCGAUCGUUCUGUCUCAUGGAUCAGACAACGAGAUUUACACAUCCUCACAGUAGGAAUCCUAACGUACACGAAUGACGAGCGUUUCCAGUCGUUGCACAGUGACGGAACCGAUGAAUGGACCUUGAAGAUUUCUUCACCUCAGGUUCGAGACAGCGGGAUAUACGAGUGUCAAGUCUCAACCGAACCGAAGAUCAGCCAGGCUUUUAACUUGAGCGUUGUAGUGUCGAAGGCAAAGAUCAACGGCAAUUCGGAGCUGCACAUCAAAAGCGGAAGCGACAUCAAUCUAACCUGCGUCGUACUGCAGACACCUGAGCCGCCGUCCUUCAUUUACUGGUACAAAGGUGACCACGUGAUAAAUUACAGUCAAAGAGGAGGGAUCAGCGUAGUUACUGAAAAGCAAACGCGAACAUCACGCCUCUUGAUCUCCAGAGCGUUACCUGCUGAUUCUGGAAAUUACACAUGUGCCCCGUCUGCGGCCGAGAAAGCCAGUGUCCUAGUCCACGUACUCAAUGGAGAGCAUCCCGCGGCGAUGCAGCAUGGGAACUCGAGCAACAGCGGCGCGGCGACGAGGACGCUCGCGUUGCUCCUGUUGCUUCUGCACGCCGGUUCGUUCGCGAGGUGACUGGUCGAUCACGGAGCCAUCCAAUAAGAACAUAACCAGAGGUCGUCCCCCCUUUAUUUAAUCGAAGAAGAAGAGGAAGAGGAAGAGGGAGAGAAAGAAGAAGAAGAAGAAGAAGAAGAAGAGAAGAAAAAGGAAAAAGAAACCAUGAGAGGAAAGGGCGAGAGGGAAUCUAGAAAGGAAGCAUCGUCUCAAUCAACAGUAACCACCUUGUGCCCCUAUAUAUCACCUUUGAUCUUUCUUUUACCUGAUCGACCAGGCGACCAGGCAGAUCAGCGGCCAUUACGGAAUCCUUUCGCCAAAGAAUUAUCCUCGCACGUUUCGAGGACGCUUGUGACCGUUGCGCAUCCCCUAAAAGGGACGUCCCGAGGAUUCUAGCUGGUGGAUCGCUAGCGCGACUCGCGAGGAUUAGGAAAAAUCUGCAGUGUGUCUAACAGUGUUCUCGGCUUCUUGUUUGUAUCCGUAGAUAAUAUUCCGCGUGUCAAUCGAAGCAACGCGAGUGGGACUGUUCAACAGUGGCUGGAACGGUUCUCCGUUCGAGACGGCACCACGAGCCGGUUCGCUCAAUCGGACUCGCAAACUGUUAGGUUCGUUGUUCGAUGAAAAUGAAGGAGAGAGGGGGACAGAUGCGGCCCCGGGACGAAAAGCUCUCGGGGCGACAUGUAAAUGGCUGUUUAGUAUGAGACAGUUGGACUCGACGCGAUCCACGAUACGUUCUUCGGUAACUGUAAUCAACGAUCCGCACGACUCGAUCCCGUUGUCAAUGGGUGUGUAGCACAUUCGCGGUUUUUUUUUCAUUUUUGUUAGCGCGGAGUUGGUUUUCUCGUAAGAUGAUCGGGUGUGUCUCGGAUAGUUUCGACUCGAGGGGUUGUUUGUGCUCGUUUUUGUUUCAUUUCUCAGUGGUUUUUGGUAAUUUUCUUACUUUAUGGGCGUUGCAUUGAAACGGCUGUUUCGUUUGGAGGGUAGUAGAGAAGAUGUACUUUAAAUUGAUCUUUAGUUUCGUUCUCUAACGGUGACUGAUUCUUGUUAUACUUGAAAAGUUGUAGAUGAGUGUAUCAUUUAAAGGUACCGUUGAAGGAAAUAUGUUUAUGGUGUCAUUGUUACGUUUGUAAUAUAGAUCAGAGGUUUGUGUUAUGAUAACAUUAUCUCUACUGAUAGUCUGAAUAAAUAUUGACGGACAUUUGUUUUACCAGUUGUUAUGCUUUUUAAUAAUGUAUAACGAAGCUCGUAUGAUAGAUAUUGGGGAUUGAGAGAAUUCUUAUUUGUUAAUAAGGGUGGACCAUUUCUCACGGAAGAAGUCGCGAUGAACGAGGUCGUUUAAAAGAUUAAUUGCUAGCGUGAUUAAUUACGUAAACGUAAGCAAUGGAUUUAUUUUGUUUCACUGAUGAAGUCGUACAGUUAUUGUUAAUUAACGAUGUAUUAUACAUGGAAGAAUUCACUACAAUCGUUUUCUAAUUACUUUCCGAUCCGUUCGUAUUAUUUAAGAUUCUUAAAUGGUGCGGUUAACCAAUAAUAAGUAAAAUAUUAGCAAUCUAUUGGAUCGAAUAAAAAAAAUACGUAGCGCAAUGAUAUUUGAUAAUCAGCAGGUUUAUUUGGAAAACUUUUAAACGUUAACGUCUGAACGCAGAAAAUCAUUGUAAUGUACUUCGAAUCACUAUAUAGUCAAUUUUUUCAAGCAAUAAAGCAUUUACAUCUAAAUCGAAAAUCUAUCCUUUUUUCCAUGAGUUUGCGUAUCGCUCAAACAGUUUUUAAACUUGUAAAAUAGUAAUAAAAUGUUGUAUGCUCAGAAUAGGUUCUACCAUACGUAUAAACAACUUUCAUUUGAAAAUACACUUGUAGA